GCGGUGCGGAGCCCGGACGGUGAGAGCUUUUCUCCGGAGAGGAACAGGAUAAUCUGUCGGUCCUUCAGUGGACUGGAUCUCCUCUCUAUUUUCAGCCUGCACACUCACAACGAAGCCACUUUGUUUCCCAACGCUGGAUUUUUGAUUUACUCGCUACAGAUCCUGGCAGCGUACAAGGCUCUAAUGGAGCGUUUGCUAAGCAUGCUGGGAGCUCACAACGCCACGCAGAAGUCCAAGGAGAUUAUACAUCUGGAGACACGCCUGGCAAAUAUCACUGUGUCAGAAUAUGAUGACCAAAGAAAGGACAUCAGCACCAUGUAUAACCGCAUCACCCUCCGGCAGCUACAGAACAUCGCGCCAAGUCUUCACUGGAAACGGUUGCUGGACAGAAUCUUCCACGACAACUUAUCAGAAGACGAAGAGAUCGUGGUGCUCGCUACCGAUUACAUCCAGAAAGUCUCCGACAUCAUUAAGAGCACUUCACAGAGGGUUCUCCAUAACUACAUGCUGUGGCGCAUAGUGGCGGCUCUAAGUGAACACCUGUCCACGGCUUUUCGCAGCACCAUCCACGAGUUCUCCCGUGAGAUCGACGGCACGGAGCAGCAGCUGGAGCUCGGGCGCCUCUGCCUCACGCAGGCCAACAAACACUUUGGCAUGGCGCUGGGAGCGUUGUUCGUCCAGCAGCACUUCUCCUCUCAGAGCAAAGCAAAGGUCCAGGAGCUGGUGGAGGAGAUAAAGCUCUCUCUGGACCUCCGUCUGCAGGAGCUGGACUGGAUGGACGAAGCCACCAGAGAUGCAGCAAGAGAAAAGUUGAAGCACAUGAUGGUGAUGACAGGAUACCCAGACUUCCUGCUAAAGCCUGAGCUCAUAGAUCAGGAAUACGGGUUCGAAGUGGACGAGAAGACCUAUUUCAAGAACAUCCUCAGAAGCAUCAAGUUCAACAUCAAGCUGUCAGUGCAGAAGAUCCGUCAAGAAGUGGACAAGACGGCGUGGCUUCUCCCCCCGCAGGCCCUUAAUGCCUACUACCUCCCUAACAAGAAUCAAAUGGUGUUCCCUGCCGGCAUCCUUCAGCCCACUCUCUACAACCCAGAGUUCCCACAGUCUCUGAACUACGGAGGAAUAGGAGCGAUCAUUGGCCACGAGCUCACACAUGGAUAUGAUGACUGGGGGGGCCAGUAUGACCGCAACGGAAACCUCAAGCAAUGGUGGACGGAGGAGUCCUACACCAAGUUCCAGAAGAAAGCCGAGUGCAUCGUCAAGCUCUACGAUAACUUCACCGUGUAUAACCAGAAGGUGAAUGGUCGUCUCACACUGGGGGAGAACAUCGCCGACAUGGGAGGACUGAAGCUGUCGUACUAUGCGUACCAGAAGUGGGUGAGGGAGCACGGUCCGGAGAGACCCCUCCCCGGACUCAAAUACACACACGAGCAGCUGGUGUUCAUCGCCUUUGCACAGAACUGGUGUAUGAAGAGGAGAUCUCAGUCCAUCUACCUGCAGCUGCUGACGGACAAACACGCUCCAGAGCACUACAGAGUGAUCGGCAGCGUCUCCCAGUUCGAUGAGUUUGCUCGAGUUUUCCACUGUCCGAAGAGUUCGCCCAUGAACCCUGUGGACAAGUGCUCCGUAUGGUGACCUCUGACCCCUGGGACCCUCCUCUUCUUGUUAACGAGCCUAAUCUGCCUGUAAAGGAGGAACUUUCUAACAUCAUCACCUUUUCAAUUAGGGGUGUUUUUACAUCGUAUGUACUAACCCAUUCAUCGUGUACAUAAAUAUAUAUUUUUCUAUGUUUACAUUUACUUUCAAAUCAUCUAUUUUUCUAUUUUAGCAAGAUAUAUCUCUUAUGCAUAGAACCCAUGCACUACUUUGGUUUUAAAUGACAUGUUUUCUAGUCUGUAGCAUCAAUUUGAAUCACUUCUCAGCAGAGUUAGCAUGCAGCAGCGAUGUGUGAUCCGUAGCGUCCUCGUGCCUGCAGGCGAGCUGCUGGUCCUUCACAUUGUGGGGUAUUUGUGUCUGCAGAGAGAAAUGUCCAGUGUUACCGUUAUGACUGUGGUGAUGUGUGCCUGCGUCGGUCUCUUGUUUCUGUGAGUGUUUGUACAGAUUUGUCGCCUUUUUUUAAACAAAUAAGAAGGACUCGUGGUGGAUGUUUUUCUCAGGACUCGUAGCAAAAGUGCGGCGGCAAAUGGAGGAUUGUUGCGGCUUUAUCUACAUUCAACUCUCAGCCGACAGUUCAAUCACAAAGGACCUGGUUGAAGCUUCAAAGACUGGUUCAAAAGACCUGGAACAAGAAGAAUGAUGAUUGUUUCCUGACUUUAUAUCCACAGACAACUCAGCAAAUAACGAGCCACCACUCUGUACAUAAGAAAAUGCGACUAUGGGAGGUGGAGAAUCACACAUGUGUACGCAGUGUUACAUUAAAAACAUACUUUUGUAUAAGCAACCUGUGUACAAACAAAACAAGAAGAUAUCUGUGCAGGUGAGAAGUAUAUCAGAUGUUAUCGGUGUAUAUCCUGAGAGUGCAUGCCCCCCCCCCCCGCCUGACCAUCAUUACACCUGGAUCAAUACAGAUGGAGGACACACACACACACACACACACACCAUGAGUCUUUAGCUGCUAUACUGCUGCUAUCUCUUCCUCUCUGUUGGUCAUCGUUUCCUGUUUGAAUAAAUACAGAGUUAUCACUGUG